AUGCUUAUCCAAGUCUUGCAAGUGGAUCGUCUACCCCUCGAAUGCUCGUCUUCCACAGUGUUUGAGAAUUCCGAAGAUGAUAUAGUCAAAGAUGUAGAAAACCUAGAGGCAAUACUCACUAAAAGUAAGAGGAGGCAAAGUGUAGAGGUUUUGGAAAGUGAACUAGAUUCACAAUCUGUGCACUCACCUUCUAUAGUUUCCUCAUCAACUUUUCUCAAAAGAAAGAAGAAAAAGAAGUUGAAGAAAAGCAGUUUAUCACGCACAAGGUUCAAAUGCCUUCAUUGUAUUACUUAAAAGUUGACUCUGAAGCCGUCUGUUUGUUGGACAAAAUGACAUCUACAAUCAGAGCACAGUCUCGUGGACGAACCGAUAUUCAUCUGUUCAGCCAAAAUGUUGCCGUAAACGCAAAAACUGGUGUUAGACCACCUUCAACUUCUAUCAAUGUCGUCGAUCCCGAAACUAUUCAGUGGACAGUAUCUGGAGAAGGAAAUUGGCUGCUACAAACAGGCAAACGUUAUGAGCUUUCCCUGCUGUUGUUGGAUCCUCAUGCAAAUCAGAUGUACAUUAGUGAUAACUUGCGCUUUGACGUUGGUAUCUCUAGCGACUACUUCGAAAUCCACUAUGCGUCCAAAAAUCAUAGCUAUUUUGAAGUGACGCCCAAAAAAGUAGGAAAGACUACGCUGAGAAGUAAAUAUGCAGCUGUUGUGGAUGAGGCAGGAAAAGAGCGGCGAACAACAGGAAAAGUAACUAACAGGCUAUACAAAUCGUGGACCCUGUGAAGAUCCAUCUCAGAAGCGAUCACUUAUUGUGAAAGGCAUCGUCGCUGUGCAGAUUCUUCUUCCUUCCUUCCUUCACUCUCAGGUGGCUGCAGGCGUCUACUUUCAAUGAGCGAAGUCAUUUGUUGCCUAUGUGAUCUCAACUCACUGAGGAGCAGAAGCAGCAACUCAGUCUGAGAUCAUUUC